GGGCUGUGCUCCCCCCUCCCGCAUGCUGGGCACGGUCGCCCCCCGUUCGCUCCGUGUUUGCAAGGGCGCGCGUGUGCGUGCGGCGGGCGGGCUCUGCGGUGCCUCUCUGGAUCAGUCUCGUUAUUAAUUAUUGUUAUUAAUAGGCUGAUGCACCUGGCGGGGCUGCCCGGGCCGUGGGGAGGGGGCCGGGGGCUCCGGCGCCGGUCGCUCCCGGCGUGGCGGGACUUUUCCUGCACUUACUCGGUUUCGGGUGAUGCAAACGCCCCGCACCGCCCCGGGGGGGGCGCAGCCGCGGUGCUUGGGCUUGCGGGGGGCGUGGGGGCCCGCGGGGGUCGGGACCGCGCGUGGGGGCCGCACGGCGCAAGGUGCGUGGGCCGGUGUGAGGGCCCAGGCCGGGCCCGGCUUAAGGAUGGGGAAGCACAUGUCGGUGCAAAGUUGCAUUGCUGGGGCUCAGCCCCCCCGCAGGCGCUCCCGCCGCGCAGCCGUGCGGCCCCGCACCCCCAGCCCCCUCGGCCGCGGUGAUGCCACCCAGGGCGGGCUCCCCCCGGGGUUUUAUUGCUCCCCGCAGGACAGGGGCUGCACAAAGCGUGUGAUGGUGCCCUUCCUCCCGCUUUUCUUUCUCCCCCACCUCCCUCCUUCCUUUCUUUUAUCACUUCCUUUUAUUAUGCAUGCCCAGGAAGGAACGGGGGGUGGACUUUCUUGAAUACGAGGCCUGGGGGGGGCUUCAAAGCAGCCCCGCGGAGGGCUUGUCCUAACGAGGAGCCGCGCACCUCCCUGCCCGCCCUGCACCCGCCGAACAGGCUCUGCAACUUCUGCACCGCUCCCCCCGCCGGGAGGAGCGGUCGCGCUCCCUCUCCAGCCGCGAUCGGCCGAGAUUUCCUGGGCGUGAAGGGUGGUUCUUUUUCCUAGAUCUGAGCCGCCGCCUGUCUCCCUGCUUCUCCUGGGCUGGUUUAUUUAAUCUAAGAGACGAUGAGCGAAUCCGGCGCCAAAUCCAGCCAGGCCCUGGCCUCCAAGGGGGAAAAGGACGCGUCGCAGAAGAGGGGUCGGGGGCGGCCGCGGAAGAAGCCGCAGCAGGAGCCCAGCGAGGCCCCGACCCCCAAGAGACCCCGCGGACGGCCAAAGGGCAGUAAGAACAAGGCCACCCCGAAAGUCAGGAAAGCCACAGUCACACCGGGGAGGAAACCUCGAGGCCGACCCAAAAAAUCGCAGCAGGACGAGGAGGUGAACAUUUCCCAGGAGUCAUCCGAGGAGGAGCAGUGAACCCCGACCGGCGCUACCUCAUCGCCCGCUGUCCCGCGGCCCCGGGGACAGGGACGGGCGCAAACCCACCCCUGGCUUCUUCCUCCCCCCGCUCCCUCCUCACCCUCAGACAAUGGCAGCACUGGAAACAACCCCUGCAGCCCCCUGGGACACCCACCCAGCUCCCCCCUCUCACUGGAUUGUGGGGCAUCCCCACUGGCAAAGGGGGGUCCUGGCAGGGAGCAGGGGCCGGGACCCCCCCACUUCUGUUGCCCCCUCAGUGCAGAGCUCUCACCCACCCCAGGCAGGAGCUGCUGCCCCCCAGCUUUGCCCCAGGGCCUCUGCAGAGGGGUCAGCGAGGAGAGACCCCAAACACAUUAGACCUUUGCUCUGGGCUGCUGCAGCCCCGCGUCCCGUCCCCGGCCCGGGGAGCGGCUCCCGCAGUGACACGGGGCUCAGCGUCCGCCCGGGGGGGCCGGUGCAGGGCGGACCUUUCCUCAUGGCUUCUGCUAUAUAUAUAUAUCUAUUUUUUUUAGUACUUUUUUUUUUCCUCCUUUCAUUCACAACUACCUCUGGAUAUUUAAGUUCCGCUGUGAGCGCUGUGCCGGCUGCCGGGGCACCGCUGGCUCUGCGUGUCCUUUGCGGGUGCCGCUGGCUCCUUUCUCGGGUGUCGCUGGGGGCCGUAGGGGAUUUUUUUUCUUCCCCUUUUUUUGGGCUUAAUUUUGUUUUUAAUUGUUGUUUGAAGGUGUAGGUUUCUCUGCUGCUCCAAGGGAUGGCGGCUGGCAGGGCGUGGGGUGGGGACCAGGGGUGCUCCCCCUGCCGUGCCGCCCCCACAACAGCUGCGGCAGGACCGGAGGUUGGUGCCGAGCGGCCCCGGUGGGAGAAAGUUGGGGUUUGGGUUUGGUUUUUUUUGUCCACUGUUUAACAACCUUCUGGUUUCCUAUUUGCAGUUACUUGAAUUAAACAUUUUACGGAUG